CUGCGGUUUAAUAGACGAUAUUGUCGUUAGGAAUAAUUUAAAAAUCACAACGAUCAAAUUUAUGGUGCUAUAAUGUGAAUUAUACGCGUAUCAGAUAUGUGCGUUAUCAAUUUUAAAAAAUGGCGACAGAAUCUUAUGCUCAGGAAAUAUUAUUUGCUUGUAGACAUGAAGUAUAAACUAUGUUGCGGCGUUUAUCAAUGGAAUUUAAGCCUACCAUUUCGAUUGAAGUUGAACAUUUGUGUUUAAAAAAUGAAUAAUUUGCUUGAUUUUUAAGUAUCUGAACAUGUUAAAUUAUGGACUAUAGUGUUUUCAAAUUUGAUUAUUUCUUUUUUUUUUGCUAACAAAACGUUUAUAGUAAACUAAUAAUUAACAUUAAAUUUAAAAUUGCACAAUAAUGUUUUACGCUAUUAUAUCACUGAUGUGAUUUUUAUUUAAAUGAUCAAUUAUGAAUUUUGUGUCUUAACUCCAAGUAUCUUACUUAACUAUUUACUCUAAUUGACAGGAGUUCUCACAAGGUUUAUUAAUAUGGAUAACAUUAAAAUUGAGCCACUAGAAAAUAACGAUGAUUUACCUAGCAUAUUAUGGGUUGAAAAUACAAAUAGUAGUAGAGCAUGGUAUACAGCUGAUGAAAAUUGCGUAUCUCUAGUAACAGAAGAUACCAAUAAGAUUAUUAAGUUAGAAACCGAUGUGUUGAUUGAUUGCUCAUGGCAAAGUUUUUUGGAAAUAUCAAAAGAAACACCACUUCAAAACAAUGAUCUUUUAUUACAUAAUACUACAGAAUAUCAUAUUCAGCCAUCAGAUCAAAAUACAAAAAAUUCAGGAAGCUCUCAAAAACCUUUUAAUUGUGAUGUAUGUGGUGAAAAUUUCAAGUUAAAUUUUGGUCUUAAUAGACAUAUAAAAAAAUGUCACCCUCAACAAAAUAAAUGUGUCAAUUGUGAUUUAUAUUUUGAAACUGAAAUAGAAACUGAUCAACAUAUGAAAUCAGUACACAAUGAAGUAAAAAAAGAUAAUAAAAGCUCUAGUAAUUUAAGUAUAAAAUUACAGAAAACUAAUGGAGUAUGGCAGAGUAAAUUACAAUCUUGUCAUUCGUGUAAUGUAUGUAGUAAAGAAUUUUUAAUUGAAAAUGAUUUGAAACAACAUAUGUCUACCCAUCAAAACUCUCAUAUGAAAAAACAAUGCCAAAUAUGUUUAGAGAAUUUUUCAAAUAAUGAUCUAAUGAUUCAUAUGCAACAAGCUCAUGGAAACAAUAAAAUAUUCAAAUGUAAAAACUGUAAUAUUAAAUUUAGCGAUGAAAGUUAUUUGAAUUGUCAUUUAGAACAUUGUACAAAAAAAUUCAUAAAUAUUUGGGAAAAGUUUAAAAGUGCAUCAAAAAAUACAGAAAUAAAUAUUGAAAACAAGUGUAAUGUAUGUAAUAAAAUAUGCACCACGCCACAUUAUUUAAAACUUCAUUCCAGAAAACAUUUAAAUAUAAAACCACAUAAAUGCAAAUUUUGUCAUGAGUCUUUUUUUUUAAAAAGACAUCUAUUAAGACAUGUGAGAUUAAAUCAUAAUAAAGUAACAAAACACUUCCAACAUUUUAACUUUCAUAAAAAUAGUUUAUCUAAUGAUAAUAUUUGUUUAUCAGAGAAUGAAACUUUUAAUGCUAAUAACUCAAGUAAUAACCAACUAGAAUUUAUUAAUAAUUCUUGUAGUGAAUCUGAUCAAAAUAAAACUUUUAGUAAAGUAGUUAAACAAGAAGAUGAAGAACAAAAAAAUGAUGCUUGCUCAUAUUUGGUUUUUGAUGGUUUAUUUAAUAAAUCAAAUAUUAAAACUGAAAAUAAUAUAAAUUCAUCAGUAUCGUCUAAUGUUGAAAAGGUCAAACCUAAAUCUUUACCAACCUUUGAAUGCACUCUUUGUAAAGAACCGUUCUUUUGUAAACAUGGCUAUGCUUUACAUUUGAGCUAUCAUUCAACAUUAUGCAAAGCUAGACCUUUGGAAUGUAUUGGAUGUGAGAUUCAAUUUCAUUCUGAUUUAGAGCUAAAACAACACAUGGAAUAUCACAAACAAAAUUUUAAAUUGUCCAAUAAUUCAAAUUCAAUUAAACCAAACAAUAGUUUACUUAUUGUUUGUGAAAUAUGUGGUAAAAGAAAUAGAAAUUGGUUUCAAAUGUUUAUUCAUCACAGAUCACAUACAGGAUUUAAACCUUUUCAAUGUAACUUAUGUGAUUCAGCUUUUAGUUGUCAAUCAAAUUUAUUUAGACAUCAAUAUGGUAAACAUAACAUUUUAAAAAAAUCAGUUUCAAAACUUAUGGAAAAUUUGAACAGAAUGAAUCAUGAUGUUGAUUUGAUUGCUAAUAACAAUAUUCUUAAUAGUAUAGAAGUAAAAAAUGAAAUAAUUGCUACUAGUUCAACUAAUGAUUCAACUGUCAUUAAAAGCAUAAGACCUAAAAGAUCUUGUACUAGUCUAGACAAAACUUUAUCUAUACACUCAAAUAAUGAACUCGUACCCCCAAAAGUUAUUGUUAAGUUAUUUGAAUGUAGGUAUUGUAGCCAGACUUUCUCUUCUAAAGGAUGCUGCACUAACCAUGAAAAAUCCCACACUCAUUUUGCAAAUUCAUCAAAUUCACAUGAUACAAAUAAGUUCGAGGAGGUUGUUCAAAACAAAAAUGUCAUAAGCAAUCCUGAUAGUACCGAAGAAGCAAAUUUAAUUUCUACUGAUAUUCAUACAAUAAACAAAGUUGUAUUUGAAGAUAAAUCAAUAAUAUGUCCUAAGUGUAAUAAGACAUUUGAAAAUUUAUACUCUUUAAAAAAACAUAUGACUUAUCAUGUUGGUUUAAGGCCUUAUAAAUGCCGUUAUUGUGAAAUGACUUUCAAAAACUCAGGAAAUAGAGGACGUCAUGAAAAAACGCAUCUCAGUAACUUGAAAUAUGAAUACACAAGUACAACUAUUGAUGUACCAAAAACGACCAAUUAUAAUCCAACUAUGAAUACUUCAGAAAACUUUAAUAAAAUAUUGAUAAAAAAUUGUUCUGUAUUUGUUUGUGAUGUUUGUGAUGAAAAUUAUUCUAAUCCUUUGCAAUUAUUUGAUCAUAGAAAAAGUACUCACCCUGAUAUUAAACCUUGUAAGUGUUCUAUUUGUGGAAAAUUAUUUACUUGGUUGUAUAACUGGAGGAGACAUUUAAUAACACAUAGUUCUAAAAAUCAAAAAGAGAACUGUUAUUAUUAUAUGACUAACUCUAAACCUACUUCAAAACAUAGAGCAAAACCUGUUCUAAAUAGUAGUAAUAUUAUGUAUAAAUGUCGUCAUUGUAAGAAUGGAUAUAAGAAAAUAAGUUACUGGCAUAGUCACUUGUUGAAAAGUAAAGAGUGCAGACGUCACUGUAACCGUAAUAUGCCUGAAUUUGCUACAAAAGAAGCUGAAAAACGCUUUUUAAAAUCACAGCAAUGGAUUUGUGAUAUCUGUAAUGGAUCUUAUAGUUGUUCUUCUAAUUAUUGGGCUCAUCGUAGAAAUAUUCAUAAUUUAAUUGAAAAAAACGGUGUCAAACAUACAGUAAAAUCCAGUAAAAGAGCUUUAAUUACUAGAAAAUCUAAAGUUAUAAUAACUGCAAACAUAAAAAAAUCUCACUGUGAGUUAUGUGGUAUGAUUUUCAAUUCCAGAAAUACUUUUUUGAAGCAUAGAUCAAGAAAACAUCCAGAACUUAAAGAUAACACUGAUAUAAAAAACAAAGAAAAAAAAUCUUCAAUUAAUAAAGAAAAAUCGCCUAUUCAUUUUAAAAAUUGGAAACAACGUGAAAUUGAACCCGCAAGUAAAAAUAUUGAUCUAAAUCACAGUUGUGGGGAAUGUGGUAAGAAGUUCAUUUAUUUAAAUUCUUUGAAAAACCAUAAAAAAACUCAUAAAAAGAACUCGGUCAAUGAAGUUUAUGAAUGUAAAGAUUGUGGUCAAAAAUUUGAUACAAAUGCUGCUUUAGGAAUGCACAUUUUAGAUUAUCAUGUUUCUAAUUCUAUACAAAAACCUGUAAGUAAUUCACUCCCAAAAAAAUCUUCAAGCAAUAAAAAAUACAUCAAAAGACAAUACAAAUGUGAAAUUUGUUCCAGAGUAUACAAUAAUUUUAAAUUAUUAAUAUCACAUAAAAAGUGUCAUUCAAGUAAAGCUAAUAAAAUGUACAAAUGUAAUAAGUGUGUCCUUUCUUUCUCUAGUAGUGGCAAUUAUUGGAGACAUAUGAGAAAUAAACAUGGGAAAUAAUUAUCUGAUAAAUUAUUUAAUAUAAUAUAAAUAUACUUAUAUCUACUGUGUAAGACUAGAUAUGUUUAAAAAUUAAUUUAUGUAACUUAUUCUACAAGAAACUUAUAUUUAAGAAUAGUAAAGUUUAACAUAAAGGAUUCAGCUUACACAAAAUGUUUUCUAUAAAUAUCACUGAAUGUAUAUUUUAGAAAUUUUAUUUAACAAGGAAUGUAUCCAUUACUAAAAUAGUUAUAUAUUGUAAUUUUAAGUUUGUUAGAUUCUACUAAGAGAAAAGUGUAAAAAUCAGAUUGACAAAAAUAACCAAUCGAUCAUACUAUAUCUAUUUUUUGUGUUUAAAAUUUAUAUAACUUAUUUAUUGAAACUUUUACAUUUUACAUUUUUUAAUAUUAUUUUUUGUUUGUUCCAUAUUUAUUUUGUAAGUUUCAUAAUUUAUUGUUUUAACAAUAAUUUUUUUCAAUUAUCAAAUUAAAUAAGAUCAGUAAUUUUAAGUUGUUGUUUUUUUAAGUAUUACUAUUUUAUGUAUCUAUUAAAUAGCAUUUAUUAUUAUUAAGAAAACUC